CUUUCCCCUUUAACAUUGAAUAUGGCUACCGAAGCUCCAAAAACAGCCAAACGUGAUUACCUUCGUGAUUUGGAAGGCAAAGCUCGUACUCUAUGGAAUGACAACAAAGCUUUUGAAAUCAAUGCACCUACUAUCGAAGAACAUGCCAAUAGUGACGAUAUCCAUACUGUUUAUCCCAAGUUUAUGGCUUGUAUGCCUUAUCCUUAUAUGAACGGUCGUCUUCAUUUGGGUCACGCAUUCACUUUUUCCAAGGUUGAUUACGCAGUCGGUUAUGAACGUAUGAAGGGUAAACGUGCUCUUCUACCUCAAGGUUUCCAUUGUACUGGUAUGCCCAUCAAGGCCUGUGCUGAUAAAUUGACUCGUGAAUUGGAAAUGUUUGGAAAAAACUUUGAACGUUAUGAAGAAAUGCUUCUCUCUAAUCAACUCGAAGAAAAGGUAGCUGUGGCAAAGAAAAGCAAGGUGGCAGCAAAGACAGGCAAUGUGACAUAUCAAUUCCAAAUUAUGCUUAGUCUUGGUAUUCCUCGUGAAGAAAUUCACAAGUUUGCUGAUCCUUAUUAUUGGACUGAAUAUUUCCCUCCUCAAACUAUCAAUGACAUGACUGCAUUUGGUUCCAAGGUGGAUUGGCGUCGUUGCUUCAUCACUACUGAUGCUAACCCUUACUAUGAUGGUUUCGUGCGAUGGCAAAUGAACAAGCUUCGUCAAAUGGAAAAAGUCAAGUUUGGUGAACGUUAUACUAUCUAUUCUAUUGUGGAUCAACAACCUUGUAUGGAUCACGAUCGACAAUCUGGUGAAGCAUUGAAUCCUCAAGAAUAUACUGGUAUCAAGAUGAAGGUAUUGGAUUGGUCCAAGGCUGCCAAGGAAGCCUUUGCUCCUUUCGAAAAUGCUCUUAAGGGCAAAACUGUAUAUUUGGUGGCUGCUACUCUCCGUCCUGAAACAAUGUAUGGUCAAACUAAUUGUUUUGUUGGUACUGAUAUCUCCUAUGGUGUUUAUCAAGUCAAUGAUACUGAAGCUUUCUUGGUGACUGAACGUGCUGCUCGAAAUAUGGCUUUCCAAAAAAUCUUUGAUAAGGAAGGUGCUGUACGCAAAUUGGCUGAUAUUAAGGGUGAAGCUGUGGUUGGUACAAAGAUUCAUGCUCCUUUGAGUGCCUAUCCUGCUGUUUAUGUGCUUCCUAUGGAUAAUGUCUUGCCUACCAAGGGUACUGGUGUUGUGACCUCUGUUCCUUCAGAUUCUCCUGAUGAUUUUGCUACUCUACAAGAUUUGAAAAAGAAAAGUGCUUUCUACAAGGUGGAACCUGAAUGGGUGGAUUUCGAACCUGUACCUGUCAUCGAAACUCCUACUUAUGGUCAACUUACUGCUCCCAAAUUGUGUGAACUAAAGAAGAUCAAUUCUCAAAAGGACCGUGCUCAACUCGCUGAAGCCAAGGAACUAGCUUAUAAGGAAGGUUUUUAUCUUGGUACUGUGAUCACUGGUGAAUUCAAGGGUAUGAAGGUGCAAGAUGCCAAGGGCAAGAUCCGUGAAAAGUUGAUUGAAUCUAAGGAAGGUUUCAUUUACUACGAACCUGAAGGACUGGUCAUUUCCCGAUCUGGAGAUGAAUGUGUUGUUGCCUUGAUGGAUCAAUGGUACCUCGAUUAUGGAGAAACUGAAUGGAGAACUCAAACUGAAAAGUGUUUGGCUGGUAUGGAAACUUUCACCCCUGAAACUCGCCAUCAAUUUGAACAAACGCUUGGUUGGUUGAAUAAGUGGGCUUGCGCUCGUAGCUUUGGUCUUGGUACCAAGUUGCCUUGGGACAAACAAUUCUUGGUUGAAUCUCUUUCUGAUUCUACCAUUUACAUGGCUUAUUACACUGUCUCUCAUCUCUUGCAUCAAGGUUCUCUCAAUGGUACUCAAGUUGGCCCUGCUGGUAUCACUGCUGAACAAAUGACGGAUCGUGUUUGGGAUUAUAUCUUCAAGCUUGACACUUAUCCUGCUGACGAAGCUAAUGUACCCCUUCAAGCUACUUUGGACAAGUUACGUCGUGAAUAUGAAUACUUUUAUCCUUUGGAUGUGCGCUGUUCUGGCAAAGAUUUGAUUCCCAACCAUUUGACCUUCUUUUUGUACAAUCACACUGCCAUCUUCCCCCCUGAAAUGUGGCCUCGCGCUGUUCGAUCCAAUGGCCAUUUGAUGUUGGAUUCCAAGAAGAUGAGCAAGUCCACUGGUAACUUUAUGACGAUGAAUGAUGCUGUUAUCAAAUAUGGUGCUGAUGCUACUCGCUUUGCUCUUGCUGAUGCUGGUGAUUCUGGUGAAGAUGCCAACUUUGAAGAUGCCACUGCCAACGCUGCUAUUUUACGUCUGUACACACUUUUGGAAUGGUGUGAAGAACAAACCAAGUCUAUCGAUACUCUCCGCACUGGUGAAUUUAACUUCUUUGAUCGUAUCUUUGAAAAUGAAAUGAAUAACAACGUUCUUUUAACUGAUCAUUCUUACAAGCUUACUCAUUAUCGUGAUGCUAUGAAAUAUGGUGUCUUUGAAUUCCAAACUGCUCGUGAUAAUUAUCAACAAGCUUGCUCUACUAUUGGUAUGCACAAGGAUCUUGUCUUGCGUUAUAUCACUGAUCAAACUCUUCUUAUUGCUCCUGUCUGUCCUCACUGGGCUGAAUAUGUCUGGCGUGAUGUUCUUAAGAAGGAUGGUAUGGUUGUUGAUGCUGCAUUCCCCAAACCAUCUGCUCCCGUUGAUGAAGUUCUUUCUCUUGCCACUACUUAUAUCCGUCGUACUAUCAAAUCCAUUCGUGAUGCUGAAGCUAAUACUCAAAAGAAAAAGAAGAAGAGCAAGGCCGAUGAUGUUACUUAUAACCCAAGUCAACCCAAAUCUCUCAAGAUCUUUGUUGCUACCAAAUUCCCCGAAUGGCAAGAAGAUUGUAUUGCUGCACUCAAGGCUAACUAUGACCAAGCCACUGGUAAAUUCGAUGAUGUCAAGGUUCGUGAAAUUCUUGGUGUUAAGGGUAUCCUUAAAAAUAAGAAGACCAUGCCAUUUGUACAGGAACAAAAGAAAAUGGUUGAAAAGAGGGGUGUGGAAGGAUUUGAUCGUGCAUUGCUUUUCAGUGAAGUUGAUAUUCUUGGACAUGCUAAGGAUGAAAUCAAGCGCAACCUUGGAUUCAAUACUGUGACGAUUUUGAAGAGUGAAGAUUGGACUGAAGAAGAAGCCAAACAAGCUGAAGCCGCUGUUCCCGGUCAACCUGCCUUUGCUUUUAAGAAUGAAUAGAUAGUUAGAUAGUUAGAUAGAUAGGUGAUAGUUCUCCUUUUUUUUCAUUAUCAUCAUCUUCUUUUUAUAUAUUUUGUUUUUGUUCCUAUCUUAUAUAUAUAUGUUUGUGUUUAUACUUCCUUUAUUAUACAUUAUAUCAAUAAAGUACUUUUUUUUUUCUCUUU